UGUUAAUUGGCAACUGAACACUCCGUCAUGACAUUAAUGCUGAAAGAAUCCAAACCAAAAACAUAUGUAUAUAUUUAAAGGUAAAUUGAUGGAGGGUGAACAGACCAAAAAUUUAUAUGACACCGUUAUCUGAUCAACUGAAAAACAGAUGUCUACAAUGUCCAACUGAUAUAUGUAAGUUCAUGCAAAUAAAUGUAUGUAUUUAUUUGCUAAAUUUAAUACCUUAUACUUUUCAAAUAUGCCAUGUAUAUAUAUAUGUAUUUACAACUUAAAUGUAUACAUGUGUGUAUAUACGUAUAGGUAUAUACACACCCAUCUACAAGAAGAUAAAAUGUAAAAAAAGAAGAUUAAUCAAAAACGAACGAAAUUAUUAUCAGGUGCUGUAUAUCGCGUAGCGCGAACAAAGAUUUUUUCGUUUGUUCGGCAGUAACAAACAAAUGAAUUCCAAUGCAAAUUUGAAAAACUUUAAAAAAGUACUCAAAUAUUUAUGACAAUCUAACGCGCUAGUCAAAAAUAUUAAAUGGCGGCGUUUGCCCUAGAAGAUAUAAAAACGGUAAAACGUGGAAUUCUUGCAAAUCGACAUAUUGCAACGCACGUCUUAACGUUUAUGGCGGCAUUCAACGUGCUAACAGACUAACUGAGGCAUAAUACAACUACAAUUAAUUAGUGCGAAAUUUGCUGAGAGCUUGGAUGUUAUGUGGUAGACAAAAUUCGUAAACAAAUUGAAAUCAGACUUAUCAAAGUCAAGACCAUUAUAUUAAAAUACUUCUAAAUAUUACAUAAAAAAUGUUUCGAACUUUGCAACUUUGUUCGCGCAUCUUGGUGCGUAAGCAAUCAUCGCCAAGGCCUGUUCUACUGUCGGCAAAUUUCGUAACGGCGUUAAAGGGACUGGAUGUAUCGGAUCCGAAAUAUACAAUGGAUCAAGUUAGGAGUGAGAUAAUACAGCACUUGGGUUUGGAAAGAGGCUAUCAUCCUAUACCAAAAAGUCGGGAACAUUUACUAAAGUAUACUCCAAAACCGGAAGAUUUACCAGCGCGUUCAAUGCAGGAUUCGUUCACAUCCGCACUACUUCCGUUAAGCACUGAUUUGAGACUGCAGGAUAAUUAUGUCUCCCAUUUGGGGAACGUACGUAUGGGUCGUUUAAUGGAAGACUUAGACGCGUUUGCAGUUUGGGUCUGCCAUCAGCACGUCAAAGUGCCUAACUUACCCGCAAAUGUAAAUCUACCAUACACAUUCGUUACUAUUUUGGUGGACAAGAUUACUUUUAGCAACUUGACGACGGAUGUCAAAGAAGAUAUACGCAUUUCCGGCCAUGUAUCUUGGGUAGGACGAAGUUCAAUGGAAAUUGUUGUUUGGUUGGAGCAAAAGUACCAAGGCGUAUAUAAAAAGAUAACACGUGCACUUUUUCUUAUGGCUGCCCGCAAUGCGACUAAUACUGGAUCAGCUCCCGUGAAUUCUAUUACACCAGCUACGGAGGAAGAAAAACAAAUUCUUUCCGGUGGUGAGGCACGCAAGAAACGUCGCCAAUUGAUACAAGCCCAAUCUAUUUUUAAAGUGGAACCAAAUGAUUUCGAACAAAGUUUGAUGUAUGAUAUCUAUAAGCGGACAACACACACCAACACCAUGGAGUUGAACAAACGAUUGCUUCCCUCAAAUGCACGUUGGAUGUCUGAAUGGAGUACAGUUACAACAAUACCAUCAUUCCCGGAUAAUCGCAAUGCACAUAAUACUGUCUUCGGUGGAUUCCUAAUGCGUUUAGCUCUAGAAAACAGUUGGACCGCUGCUUUCCUCUACUGUGGAACUCGGCCCAAGUUAACGCAUAUUUGCGAUAUCAGUUUUGAGAAGCCAGUGCCAGUUACAUCUUUUAUAAAAUUGACCUCUUACAUUGUAUAUACCGAAAUGAAUUAUGUACAAAUUAUGACAGUCGCUGAUGUAUUAGACACAAGUGGCGGUCAAGUUACUACAAAUUUAUUUUAUAGUACUUAUAAAGCUAACGACUCUGUACAUGAGAUAUUGCCGCGAUCCUAUCAAGAGACAAUGUGGUAUAUACAGGGCAGACGUAAGUUUAAAUAUGCCUUAGGAUUGGAAUAAAUGGUUUAAGCACAACCUACAGAAUCUUCUUAAAGAUUAUAAAAUUUGAAUUUAUUUAAAAAUGAUUGUUUAUUUAUAUUUGGAACGAUUAGUUUAUGUACCUACGCUUUUUAUAUUUUUAUGCUGACACAUACAUAUUCAGUUCAUUUACGAUA